CUGCUUCCUUUUUUCUCUCUUCUUAUAAUACCCUUAAUGAAUUUGCAGGACAACGGUCUCGGAAGUUCCUUGGUAAAAUCACGGAGCAAGCGAUCUUACCAUCACAGUCAUUCAAAGAAGUUAUCAAUAAAAGACCUUGCUCUUGAGCUGGCAAAAAAGCAUGUAAGUAGCAUUAUUCCAAAAACAUAAGAUAUCACCUUUAGUGUUACUUUAAAUAGGUAACUUUAUUCUAAAAACAUAAGAUUGCACCUUUAGCACUACUUUAAAAAGGUACCUUGCCUCUGUACGUUAAGAGCUGUAACACUUAUUUCUUUUUUAGACAUAAUCAAAAAGUUAAAGUUACAUAUUAAUGCGAAGAGACCGCUUAUGUUGUGGGGAGGGAGGGGUGGGAGAAGAGAUGCGUGCAUAUUCGCCGUUUGUUUCACGUUUUUUUUUUUUUUUUUUUUUUUUUUUUGGGGGGGGGGGGAGCCAUCUUUGCCCUUGCAGUUUCAAUUCAACUUAAGUGUUAUUUGUCGCCAUCUUAUCUGCAUCUGCGUUAUUUCCUAGUUUCCAGGGCGCUUGCCGUGGAAUUUACUCUAACCUGGGCGCGCCUCCUCCUCCUAACUUCUCUCAAGCUACAGCCAUGCAGGCUGUUUCAAUUUUUGAGAUCUGUUUUUUACUGGUAAUAGUUAAAUUGUAUGUUUAUAUUGUGGGCUAAUUGCUAAUUCUAAAUGACAGCCGUCUUAAUGAUCCGUUCCUUCUUUUCACAUUUUUAGUUGCUGAAGAUGAUCGUUAAUGAGCAGCAUGACCUGGACAAAGCCAAGGAGAAUAUUUAUAUUCUUCAGAGAGGUUUGCUUUUCGUUUUCUUCGGCGCGCAAACAAGGUUUUUUCAUCACCACUAGACCACGUUAACACUGGUUAUCAACCAUACCGUAAAUCCUCUAUUAAGCCCCCCACCCCCCCUUUCAGGGGAAGAAAGUUAAUAAGCCCCCCUCCCCUCCCCUCCCCUCCCUUCACUAUUCUUCACUAAUACAUGAUAGACUGUAUUAAUCAAUCAAAUAGGUCCCCUGUCUCUAUUAAGCCCCCCCACCAAAUGGGCUUGAAAUAAAAAAAAGGGGGGCUUAUUAGUCCCAAUUACUAAGCCUAGGAUGUUAACUUUGUCAUCAAAGCCGGAAACUUGAAUGACCACCUUAGUGUCAGCUCUUUUCUGUUCUCACGCCAAACUUGCGUUUAGACCGAAUUUUAUCAUAAAAACCAUUAAUUUUUUUAAAAGUCUUUCAAGGUGGACACUAACUGAUCAUUUCACUGUACAUAACACACAACUUUCAAGACUAGGUUGUUUGAGAGUAGUUAAGAGUUUCAUAGGUAUCUAAAAUAUGUAAAUGUUUUGUUUUGUCUCGGGUCGAAGCUCACUUGACUUUUCGACCUUGUUUAAAGGCACUCUAAUAAAAGCUAAUAAAAAUGACAAACAAAGAUAGUCCAAGUUAGACCAUGGUGAUUUAAAAUCGUGGCCAAAGACCUGCCAUUGAAACUUACUACAUGUAGACAGAAAUGGGAGCUAGUGGUCCGAAGUCUGACGUGCGUACCGGGGUCACAUUACCUCCAAUAUAUAGAACACUUGGUAAAGGUAACUGACGUUUUAUUAUUUGACAUUCUGUUAGGAAGUUAUCAUCAGACAACCAGUGUCUAUUUCUUGCAGAUGGCUGCACUCACAUCAAGUCUAUUGGUAAGCCUGUGACUCACAACAAUAGGUACGAGAAGUAUGGAGCAUGGAUGAAAGAUCCGCGAGGAAUCAGAGGGUUGUCCAAUACACCCGCACCGUAACGGUCCGUAUAAGCCAUGUGUCGAUCCGUACGGAUCAGGAACGGAUCGGCAAAAGGGGUAUGGGUCUGUAAAGUGUGUUUUACGGUUCGUAAGUCGCAUCUAAUUAGUGGGACUUAGAAUAUUUUCAUGGCAAGAGUGGUUAUAUACGGUUUGUCGAUCUGUACGGAUCGAAUAGAUCGACAAAAGUGGUAUACGGUCUGUAAAGAGUGUUUUACGGUCCGUAAAUCGCAUCUCAUUAGUGGGACUUAGGAUAUUUUCAUGGCAAGAGUGGUUAUAUACGGUUUGUCGAUCUGUACGGAUCGAAUAGAUCGACAAAAGGGGUAUACGGUCUGUAAAGAGUGUUUUACGGUCCGUAAAUCGCAUUUCAUUAGUGAAACUUAGGAUAUUUUCAUGGCAAGAGUGGUUAUAUAAGGUUUGUCGAUACGUACGGAUCGAACGGAUCGACAAAAGGGGCAUACGGUCUGUAAAGUGUGUUUUACGGUUCGUAAGUCGCAUCUAAUUAGUGGGACUUAGAAUAUUUUCAUGGCAAGAGUGGUUAUAUACGGUUUGUCGAUCUGUACGGAUCGAAUAGAUCGACAAAAGGGGUAUACGGUCUGUAAAGAGUGUUUUACGGUCCGUAAAUCGCAUCUCAUUAGUGAAACUUAGGAUAUUUUCAUGGCAAGAGUGGUGAUAUACGGUUUGUCGAUCCGUGCGGAUCGAACGGAUCGACAAAGGGGUAUACGGUCUGUAAAGAGUGUUUUACGGUCCGUAAAUCGCAUCUAAUUAGUGGGACUUAGAAUAUUUUCAUGGCAAGAGUGGUUAUAUACGGUUUGUCGAUCUGUACGGAUCGAACAGAUCGACAAAAGGGGUAUACGGUCUGUAAAGUGUGUUUUACGGUCCGUAAAUCGCAUCUCAUUAGUGGGACUUAGAAUAUUUUCAUGGCAAGAGUGGGUAUUUACCGUUUUUCGAUCUGUAAGGACGGUACGGACCAACGAAAGGGGUAUACGGUUUGUGAAGAGCUCUCUUCGGUCCGUAAAGUGCGCGAGGUUCACGUUGGUGAUUAUUGGGUCCCUAUAACUUAGAAGAUAAAUUAUAAGAGAGAUAUUCAGUACUAUGAUGCUUUAAACUCGAGAUAGUGUAAUUGCAAAUAUUAUGAUAAUUUUACAUUGACUGUUAUGUAUACUCAGUGUCCAAAGUGCAAUAUUUUACAAUCUCUUGGCUAAAAUUCUAUCGUAACUAACUGCAUUACAGUGUUCACUUUCUUUACUUUUUGCCCUUUUUCAGCACGCGUUUUUUCUUGACUACCUUUUACGGUGUCUAAGUUGGCGACCCGAAACGAAUAUUUCAAACCAUAUCAUGGGUUAUAACUUAUGUGUAUUGGUGAAAUGUUACUCUUGAUUUGAACUGUAUUUUCUUCCUUUUCAAACAUUAUAGCACAAGACAAAUUUGGGAAAUAUGAAUUAAACCAAGGAUAAAAUUGAUCCACAACACAAAAUUGAACUGGAACGUCUAAGUAGCAUUUUUAGCAGCAGGUACAUCAUAGGAAAGGUUAAUUGUAAAAAAGUAUGUUGUCACUUGUGUUUCGGGUAAGUCAAUAUUUGGAAUUAUUUACAACUUUGAGAUGUCAGUGAUCGUAAACAAGAAAGAAAAUUAUGAUGGUAAGGGCCUGCAGGGAGAUGAGAGUUUUUUUGAUCCGCCGAUUUCACGUUGAAAAUGACGUUUUGCUAGCCAGAUUGUGCGCAGGAAAAUGAUGCGUAAAAAUAGUAAGAAAGGAUGUGAGAAAAAAUAAAAUGUGAAUAAUAAAUGCCCCGAUGAUAUAUUAACAAUGAGAUGUGAAAAAAUUAUGAAGAAACAGAAAGGUGUGACAAAAUUAAAGGCUUAAAGUUAGUAAACAGUCGAUGGUGAUUGGUUGCUACUAUCACACAUAUAGAUUAACGCGUGGUCUCAAACAACCAUUUUCCCACUGUUGAAUAAUACUGAGAAACCAUAACUCUACUAUUGUGGGAAGAUGUCUUGGGUCGACGAAUAUAGAGAGACCAUCAGAUACCUGUCAAAGGCAGAAGUUCUACUUUGACGUAGACCACAACAAACUUUUGUAUUUAAAUGGACUACCGAAACAGUAAUCACAGCACUAACAAGACGGAGGAGAAAAACCUAGAAAAUCCAAGAAAAAUCAUAAAAGAAGGAAAAAUCCUGCACUGCAGGACACAAAAAAAAGGCUCUUUUAGGAGCCACCAAAAGAAUCAAAGUCUCUAGCCAAUAAGAGUACUUUUUAAGUAGUAUUUGACGACAGUAGUAGGGCUUCAGCAAACUUAACCGUUUUGGUGUCUAGCAAGGUCUAGCUAGGUCUAGUCUAUGACGUCACCGAUUGUUAUAACCUGGGAAAAAGUGGAUUCCCUUAAUUGAUAUGCAUAAGCUUAUGACGUCACCUCGGAAAGAAGUGCCUUCCUGCAUACUAAUUUGGAUUAGGUUUACUAAUGAGCGUCACUCUACUACAAUAGGAACAAUAGGCUUGCCUAGACUUGCCCGUGAAGUAACUUGAGUUCGGUUUUUGGACAGUCUAUUAAAAGGAAAAUAGGAAUAAGAGAAGCGAUCACCUAGCAACGUGAGAAACGGCUUCCUAUAUCUUAUUUAGCGCUAAAACUCAGAUAUAUAAACAAAACACAUGUGCACAAAGUGGAGUUGAAAAGUCUUUAUUUCCGUUUAGUUUAUGUCUUCUUAUUGAGCUCUAAAACUCACAAAGUAGAACUGAAAACUCUAUUUCAAUUUUGUCUGACGUUUUCUCCGUUCUAUCUCGAGGAAAUGAAAAACUAUUAAAGUCUUGUAAUUUGACGCACUGUUAGUCAGUUAAUUAUGCGAGUUCAUGAGCCCAAAGUUGAAUACAAAUUUGCUCUACAGGAAAGACCCAAGGGAGCACCUUGACGUAUUAUUAUAAAACAAAUAACUUAACAAGGAUCAAUUAAAACACGCGACUAAUAAUUGUUAGCAAUAAAAUCUGACACGAGAUACCGUUUAAAACAAAAGAGUCAAAUACACAGCGAUUUGAAAGAAAUCUAUUAAAACAGUCAAAGAAAGCAAGUCAUGUUUUACUUACUCCUCUCCCUUUUCAAUUUUAUUUCCCUCCUCAAUUUUUUCUUUUUCCCUUCUCCACAAUUUUUAUUAUUUUCCCUCCUCAAUGUUUUUUAAUUCCCCUCCUCCACCUCCACCUCCACCUCCACCUCUUCAUUUAUUCUAUAUAUUUUUCCAUCCACAAAUACAUCGACCUCCUAGCGACCCUACAUCGACCCCACAUCGACCCCACAUCGACCCUACAUCGACCCCACAUCGACCCUACAUCGACCCUACAUCGACCCCACAUCGACCCCACAUCGACCCUACACUCAACUUUUUUUUAACACUGCUUCGUAAAUAGUGAAGCUAUAUACCACCACCGCCACAUUUCUAUUGUUUUCCCACCACCACCACCACCGCCACCACAUUUCAAUUGUUUUCCCUCCUCCUCCUCCUCCUCCUCAUUUUUAUUGUUUUCCCUCCUCCUCCUCCUCCUCCUCCUCCUCAUUUUUGUUUUGGUACAGUAGGGGUACAGGAGGGGUACAGGAGGGGUACAGGAAGGGUACAGGAGGGGUACAGGAGGGGUACAGGAAGGGUACAGGAGGGGUACAGGAAGGGUACAGUAGGGGUACCCCUGCUGUAACAAUAGAAAUGUGGCGGUGGUGGUAUAUAGCUUCACUAUUUACGAAGCAGUGCUAAAAAAAAGUUGAGUGUAGGGUCGAUGUGGGGUCGAUGUGGGGUCGAUGUAGGGUCGAUGUAGGGUCGACGUGGGGUCGAUGUAGGGUCGAUGUGGGGUCGAUGUGGGGUCGAUGUAGGGUCGCUAGGAGGUCGAUGUAUUUGUGGAUGGAAAAAUAUAUAGAAUAAAUGAAGAGGUGGAGGUGGAGGUGGAGGAGGGGAAUAAAAAACAUUGAGGAGGGAAAAUAAUAAAAAUUGUGGAGAAGGGAAAAAGAAAAAAUUGAGGAGGGAAAUAAAAUUGAAAAGGGAGAGGAGUAAGUAAAACAUGACUUGCUUUCUUUGACUGUUUUAAUAGAUUUCUUUCAAAUCGCUGUGUAUUUGACUCUUUUGUUUUAAACGGUAUCUCGUGUCAGAUUUUAUUGCUAACAAUUAUUAGUCGCGUGUUUUAAUUGAUCCUUGUUAAGUUAUUUGUUUUAUAAUAAUACGUCAAGGUGCUCCCUUGGGUCUUUCCUGUAGAGCAAAUUUGUAUUCAACUUUGGGCUCAUGAACUCGCAUAAUUAACUGACUAACAGUGCGUCAAAUUACAAGACUUUAAUAGUUUUUCAUUUCCUCGAGAUAGAACGGAGAAAAACGUCAGACAAAAUUGAAAUAGAGUUUUCAGUUCUACUUUGUGAGUUUUAGAGCUCAAUAAGAAGACAUAAACUAAACGGAAAUAAAGACUUUUCAACUCCACUUUGUGCACAUGUGUUUUGUUUAUAUAUCUGAGUUUUAGCGCUAAAUAAGAUAUAGGAAGCCGUUUCUCACGUUGCUAGGUGAUCGCUUCUCUUAUUCCUAUUUUCCUUUUAAUAGACUGUCCAAAAACCGAGCUCAAGUUACUUCACGGGCAAGUCUAGGCAAGCCUAUUGUUCCUAUUGUAGUAGAGUGACGCUCAUUAGUAAACCUAAUCCAAAUUAGUAUGCAGGAAGGCACUUCUUUCCGAGGUGACGUCAUAGGCUUAUGCAUAUCAAUUAAGGGAAUCCACUUUUUCCCAGGUUAUAACAAUCGGUGACGUCAUAGACUAGACCUAGCUAGACCUUGCUAGACACCAAAACGGUUAAGUUUGCUGAAGCCCUACUACUGACGACUACACUUCGUUGUGAAAAUAUGUUCUCAUCAACAUUCCUAUUUCAUAAACUGCAGACGAUUGUUCUUACAGUUUUGCCGUAGAAAAGUUACGUUUAAAGUGCGCUUGCUUUUGUUUUUGGCGUAUAGAAAGGGGAAACUUAAAUUGAUAUAGAGCAUGUUUAUCAUGGUUAUACAAAGUACUGCGUGCUUAUUGUGAAAAAUUUGACAGCUUAUAUAAAACGAGGCGAUUGUUUCAUUUGAAGCGCGCGUGCCCUCGUUUGUGAUAUUAGAACGAAGAGCAGUUUUAUAAUGAAUAUUACAUUUGUUUUGUGCAGCAAACGUAGUAAGAAAAGCAAGCGAAGAACAUUUGCAUUUAAAGUGCGCUUGCUUUUGUUUUUGGCGUAUAGAGAAGAUUAAAUUUAUAUAGAGCAUGCUUAUCUUGGUUACAUAAAGAAACACUACAUUAGAAUAUUACAUUUUUGGUGCUUGCUCAUCUUGCCUUUACAUUCGGUGCGUGCUUAUAUUAAUUGUAAACUUAUUGACGAUUGUUCUUCGAUUUGAAGCGCGCUUCUUUCGGUUUUUGACUUACAAGAAUAUCACAUUUAGACACAAGCAUAAAACCUAGAGCGUGCAUACCGUGGUUUUUGGGUUGUUUUGAUUUACAGAAGAAGGAAAAUUACAUUUGGAGUGUGCUUUUCUUGGUUUUUGCGCUUGUGUUGGUUUAUGGUUUAUAGAGGAAUAAGUGGUUUUGCGCUUGUGUUGGUAUAUCGUUUAUAGAACGAGGAAUGUGUGGCUUUGCGCUUGUGUUGGUUUAUGGUUUAUAGAGCGAGGAAUAUUACAUUUGGAGAGUGCCUUUCUUGGUUUUUGCGCUUUUGUUGGUUUAUGGUUUAUAGAGGAAUGAGUGGUUUUGCGCUUGUGUUGGUAUAUCGUUUAUAGAACGAGGAAUGUUUGGCUUUGCGCGGCUUGUGUUGGUUUAUGGUUUAUAGAACGAGGAAUAUUACACUUGAAGUGCGCCUUUCUUGGUUUUUGCGCUUGUGUUGGUUUAUGGUUUAUAGAACGAGGUAUAUUACAUUUGGAGUGCGCCUUUCUUGGUUUUUGCGCUUGUGUUGGUUUAUGGUUUAUAGAACGAGGAAUAUUACAUUUGGAGUGGCCUUUCUUGGUUUUUGCGCUUGUGUUGGUUUAUGGUUUAUAGAACGAGGAAUAUUACACUUGGAGUGCGCCUUUCUUGGUUUUUGCGCUUGUGUUGGUUUAUGGUUUAUAGCUGAUGUAAUAAUGAGAUGCACGCUCCGUAUGUCUUCGGACACAGGCGGCCCAGACGUAGUAUGUGUCACUGAAUGAAUAUAUUAAUAUUCACAUGCACAAAUUUUAAAAUGCGAUGAGUCGUCGAAACUCCCAUGAACUAAAAUAGUCCAAAAGUCAAAAUAUAACAAAACAAAGUUAAGAUACCUUCAACUGAACGUAUCCUUGUCUUUCCUGGCCGGUUUAAGUGGCAUUUUGUCGAGUUUUGCAAUUGUAGGUACUAUCCACUAAAGAAGAAUUAAAGGCUGGCUACAAAACAAACAGACCAUCUCCACGCGCCUUCACACGAAGCGCCAUAAGUUCGAGAAUAAUCGAAUCCGCUCCAAAUAACCAUCGGCUAAUCUGCAGGUAACGUGUGCUCCUGCUUCUGGCUCGCUUGCUCCACAAAACCCAUCGCAACUGCACAAUAAUUGCUCGCUCAUCAACAACCACUGUUGACCUUUACGCUUCGAUAUGACCGCAAACGACCAGGUUUAAUACGCGACGUGAAUAUUCAAGCUUAGCGACCGCGUUCGCGCAACAAUGCAGCACUUGCUAUGGGAGGGAUGGUAUUAUUGCUUCUAGGUCAAUCGACUGACCGAGGGUUCGCUGCGUUAGUUUUGACCAGAAAACAAAAGGCGAUCGCGGGACCGUCCGUAAGUUUUCAACAGGGCAGCCCUGGUUUUCAAGUUCGAAUUCUUCUAACGUUCGCUGUCUCAGCUGCUGUCACAUUGUUCGUCCAGCCGCUUGCAUAGGUUUUUGACUCUACCACACUUAUUUGCUUAGAUUAACAACGUCUUUCUCCAUAAUAUGUUGUCCAAACUGGUGAAGGAGGACGAGAAUUCUCCGCCCAGGAAAAAGGCAAAAUCUGGCCCCCGCUAUGCAUCUGAAUAGAAGAUACAGCUGAAGAUAUCGUAAAGUAAAAUUUAUGUGCGCGAUAUCUUUUAUUAUUAUUAUUAUUAUUCUCAAAACUCAGGGGCACCCAACGAUGAUUUACCCCUAAAUGCAUUGAAAACACAUUUAAGGCUGUCCAGAGUACUUUUGACUGAAAAAUGCACUCUAAACAGCGCUUACAUAAAUUUAGGAGGGCUAAAAGCGAAGCUAAUGAUUUAUAGUUUGCUCAUACUAAAUAUAAAAUAUAUCGUGUAAUGCUAAGCGGAGAAGGCAACGAGACAGGGCCACCCAACGACUGUUUCCUCAAAUACUUUCAAUUGAAAACACUUUUGUAGCUAUUCAUAAAGUACUUUUAGCUCUAUAGAAAUGCAUUCUAAGUGGCGCUAUAAAAUUUGCAUCUCAGUGUUCGGCCAUUCUAGAGGAACUUGAGUCUUCGAAAUUACGAGGAAUUCAGAAUUAUUUUCCCGAAAAUUUUAGAUGCAAUUUAACGUGUUACGAAGAAGAUAAUUUUUCAGAUACCUUCUUUCAUCACAUUUUUGAAUCCGAAAAUUUUAGGAUUCCAUUUUACUCUCUACGAAAAAUAGCCUAACCCGGUGAGUGAAAUGUGAAAAAUUAAAAGUUGGGUGCCCUUGACCAGAACUCUGAAAAACAACAAUAGGUCUAAUUGCAGCACACUUUCUUGUACAUUUUCUUGCCGUUGAUUUGCAUGACUGCAACGUGAAACGUCCAGAAAACUUCCUGGUUUUCACUUCUUAUGGAGAAAAUGUGGUACAUGUUCUUGUUCACUUUUUCCACUGCCGCUCAUUUUUUUUAGCUCCGCUAUAAGAUUCGUAUCUGUUCGGUGCUGCUAGGGCAAAUUGGAUCUUCUUAAAAAUUACAAGGGCUUCAAUAUUAUUUUACCGAUUGAUUGACCUAGAAGCAAUAGUACCAUCCCUCCCAUAGCCAGUGCUGCAUUGUUGCGCGAACGCGGUCGCUAAGCUUGAAUAUUCACGUCGCGUAUUAAACCUGGUCGUUUGCGAUCAUAUCGAAGCGUAAAGGUCAACAGUGGUUGUUGAUGAGCGAGCAAUUAUUGUGCAGUUGCGAUGGGUUUUGUGGAGCAAGCGAGCCAGAAGCAGGAGCACACGUUACCUGCAGAUUAGCCGAUGGUUAUUUGGAGCGGAUUCGUCGAUUAUUCUCGAACUUAUGGUGCUUCGUGUGAAGGCGCGUGGAGAUGGUCUGUUUGUUUUGUAGCCAGCCUUUAAUUCUUCUUUAGUGGAUAGUACCUACAAUUGCAAAACUCGACAAAAUGCCACUUAAACCGGCCAGGAAAGACAAGGAUACGUUCAGUUGAAGGUAUCUUAACUUUGUUUUGUUAUAUUUUGACUUUUGGACUAUUUUAGUUCAUGGGAGUUUCGACGACUCAUCGCAUUUUAAAAUUUGUGCAUGUGAAUAUUAAUAUAUUCAUUCAGUGACACAUACUACGUCUGGGCCGCCUGUGCUUCGGACUGCACGGAUCGAACGAACCGUGACGCAUUGUGCCCUCAUGUAAUAAUGAGAUGCAUGCUCCGUAUGUGCUCAGCAUACGGACCGUGAGUAAUAGUGACGGUUUGUGCAGAACGUAUGGUCCGUUAACUGCUCUUAACGGUCCGUAACAGUGCGGCAGUAUUGGACAUGACUGAGGAAUCAUGGGUUCUGAGACCAUAUUCGUUAUGGAGGACCACGGCGGAAACGUGCUUGAAGAGUUUGAAAACAUGGACACCUUCAAAGCAGGUAUCGCUCGUAAGAAGUACAAACUGCCCUACAACUGGGAUGGAACUGGAGGAGUGGUGUAUGGACCUUACCUUUACUACAAUAGGUAACACGUUAUUUGUAUUCGUUUAAUCUGAUCGAGUAUGGCCAACGGGAAAACAAGGGUUUAAAGGAUUAUUUCUUAUUACUGUAAUCAUCACUUAAACAGGUCGCAUAUCAAAAUAUCAAAGGUGUCGUUUCUAGUACCUGGAUCAUUUUUUUGAAACUUAAUUCCGGGGCGCUCAUUCUAAAAAUUCGGUGAUAUACCAGUUUACUAAAGUGGUAAUCAUCUACUAGUAAGGGAAAUCAACAUCAUGACCUUGUCUCUAAUCGGCUAGCUUGCCAAGAUGGUUGUAUCGAGACACAUGCACUGUUAAAAACCGAUAGUACUUUCACAUGACGAUAUCCUUGAAAUCUUUCGAGUGCAUUCAGGAACUUUCUACAACCGCACUAAAAGUAAUAAAUAGUGUUCUUUUUUGUUGUUGUUAUGGCAGAGCGGGUACGAACGACGUUGUCAAGUACAAUUUGCGAACUGAGCGCGAGGAAAAACAGAUAGGCUUGCCUGGUUCAGCGAAGAAGACCAAUUACCAGAGGGGUGGCAGCACUCAAGUUGAUCUGGCAGUAGACGAACAAGGAUUAUGGGCCUUAUGGGGCUAUAGUAGUAACAGCAACAAACUAAGAGCGCAAAUGAUAGAUGUAUACAAAGGGAUCUUAAACCACGCCUGGAACUUAAAUACAGGUACUACAUGCACCUUAAGAGCUCCUUGAACUAAAUACAAAAUGCCAUGAAAUAUUAAUGGGGCUUCUGGAACUUGUUAGAUUCAUAACUAAACCAUUGCUAUAACCUGCCAGUUAGUAAACGGUCAACAUCAUCCCUUCCUUCCUCAAAUACGCAUCCUUUGUUUUAAAACUGAAUAUCUUUUAAUUUCGCAAGUCUUUGUUACUCAGUUGAAUGACUUUUCAUACUAAAGUGGGCAAAUAGUUUAAUUAUCUUACUCCGAGUUUCCAUUUAAUGUUAUUUCGCAGAAGUUAUGAGCUCAAUGGGAAAUGCUUUUGUGGCCUGUGGAGUGGUUUACUGUAUCGACAGCUAUAAUUCAAAGUCCACGACCAUCAACUUUGCUUACGACACCAAGACUGGAAAACAAUGGAACCCCAACAUUCAGUUCACCAAUCAGUACGGCUUAAACUCCAUGGUGGCCUACAACCCUAGAGAAAAAGUGCUCUACGCCUGGGACAACAAGCGUUUGGUCACUUAUCCCAUUUCGUUUGAGGAACGUUAG